CGCCGAACAGGCUGAGCGGCCCAACCCUAGUGCUCCUGCCUCCUGCAUCCCCGCGCUAAACCCAUCACCGCCACCAUGCGAGGGAUCGGCGCCGCCGCCGCCGCCGCCGCCGCCAGGCGGCACACUACCCUCUCCUCCUCCUACGCCCCCGCCUUCUCCUCCUUCUCCGGAAUCGGCGGCGGGGAUGGAGGUUUCGGACGCGGGCGCGGGCGCGGCCUGCCGCCCUCCGGCCCGCCGCGCGCUCCCGGUAGGCCCAUUUCCGAGGACGACGGCGCGGAUCCCUUCUCCGCCGCAACACCCGUCGGCCGCGGCCGCGGGGAGCCCGUGGCCCCCUCCUCCCCAAACGUCCCAUCCUUCGCCGCGUUCUCUGGCGUCGGUCGCGGCCGCGGAUCGCCACCGCGGCCCACCGAGCCCGAGGACGCCCCCAAGCAGCCGGCCUUCACCAAGCACUUCGACGACGCCCCUCCGCGCCGCGAUCCGGAGCCGCCGAGCCCCGAGGCCUCGUCCUCUUCCGCGCCGCCGCUGCCGCGCGCGCUCCCGUUCACCGGCGCCGGCCGCGGCGUGCCGCGGAUGCAGCAGCCGCCUGUGGAUAAGCCUCCGGAGGAGAACCGCUUCAUCCGGCGCCGCGAGGCUGCGAAGCAGGCGGCCGCCGGGGCGCCCUCGGCUCCCGGCCCGCAGCAACCGAAGUUGUCGGGUGAGGAAGCCGUGAAGCGCGCAUUGGAGCUCCUGGGAGGCGGCGGCGGGGGCCGCAGCGACGAAGAUGGCGGAGGGCGCGGGGGCGGGGGUCGCGGCUUCCGUGGCCGUGGUGGCCGCGGCCGCGGCAGGGGCAGGGGCCGCACGCGCGACGACGGCCGGUCUGCUGAUGCGGAUGAUCGGCAAGCGAUAUACUUGGGGGACAACGCAGAUGGCGAGAGGCUAGAGAAGAAGCUUGGCGAGGACAAGAUGAAGAUUCUGGAGCAAGCGUUUAUGGAGGCGGCAGAUAAUGCGCUGCCACAUCCAAUGGAGGAUGCCUACCUCGAGGCUUGUCACACAAACAACAUGAUCGAAUUUGAACCACAGUACCAUGUGAAUUUUGCUAAUCCUGAUAUUGAUGAGAAACCACCAAUGUCAUUGGAGGAGGUGCUUCAGAAAGUGAAGCCCUUCAUAGUUGCGUACGAGGGCAUCCAGAACCAGGAAGAAUGGGAGGAAGCUGUGAAAGAUGUAAUGGCUAGAGCACCCCAUAUGAAAGAGCUCAUAGAUAUGUACAGCGGCCCUGAUGUUGUUACUGCAAAACAACAAGAAGAGGAGCUGCAAAGAGUUGCAAACACUCUCCCUGAAAACAUCCCUUCUUCAGUAAAGCGGUUUACUGACAAAACUCUACUCUCUCUUAAGAACAAUCCAGGCUGGGGUUUUGACAAGAAAUGCCAAUUCAUGGACAAGUUCACUCGCAUGGUUUCAGAGCAAUACAAGUAGAAAGGUCUCUUAUACUCUGUUGCAUUAACCAUCUUAUUUAGCCCACAAGGAGAUUCAAAGGGCGUUUUUCUUUUUGUUAAAAGAAGAUGCGAUGGCCAACUUAAAUCCAUGCAAUGUUUUCUUUUCUUUUACUGGGAUGCUAGUUUGAUAAAUAAAUUUGCUGAUAAACGUAGUUAUUUCUUUUGCGAGAUUUACCUCCUGGCCAAUUUGGUUCUGCACAAGUGUAAACAUCGCUGCCAUUUUAUUCGUCAUGUGAAACUCCUGUCCCUUAUCAGGGAUUACUUAAGUGCUAACCAAAUUGUGUUUUUUUGGAAUUUAGAAUUUGAUGUGUGUUUGAUCAAAA